UUAGGAAACCAGAAGGCUUUAGAUCUACAACAACCCAAAAUAUUUUCCAGUGAUGCUGAAUCGUGGAACAAAGUUAAAGGCAUGGCAUGUACCUCAAAAAUACCCGAUUGUAGUCCCAGAUAUGUUUCUGGUAUCAGUCUCAGUAGCAUUGGUAUUGCUUUUCCGGAAAAAUGAUGCAAAACCAUGGAAUAGGUUUGUGUCUUUGGUGCAAUUCGAUCCGAGGAGAGAGUUCCGGAACGGUACGGAUUUGAUAUGGCAAAUACCCGAUUCGCCUAAGGCUGUUCUUUUUCUGGCUCAUGGAUAUGGUCUUAGAGCUGUUGAUUUUUGGGAGAGGUCUAUUGAACGCCCCGAAUGUGUUGGUUUGCCGGAGGACAGGCUGCUCGUGCUUCAUGCUCUUGCCCGUAAGUUCGCCGUCUUGACUAUAUCGAGUGCUGGGAAGUGCUGGACUUUUGAGAAGGAAAGGUUGGUUGUUGAAGAUAUUAUAACAUGGUGGGUUAAGAAACACAAUCUUGGAAAGCUGCCUCUUGUUGCUUUGGGAGCUUCUUCGGGUGGGUUUUUCGUAUCGGCUAUCACUAACAAUUUGAAGUUUAAGACGAUCGCCGAAGGAUUAUGCCGAAUGGACAUUGCAGAGGACUAUCCACCUACCCUUUUCGUGCACAUGCCGAAAGAUACAAGUAGAAAAUGGAAAAUUACUAAUUUCAUGGGAGUUUUGCGAAGUAAAGGGGUUGAUGUUGCGGAGAUAGAAUGCAUGGAGUUGCCUCUGUCACCGACCUUUUUGUCCGACAGAAUCCGGGGUUUUGAUCAGACCGUUUCUGGUAGAGGCUUUGUCGACGAGAACGGGUAUAUGAAGCAGGACGGACGUGUAACGCCUUGGAAAGAUGCUCUCCGGGAUAGUAAGAUUAACUUGCUGGAAAAAGAUUUGAUGCAUCCUGUUGACGAAGAUCUAAAUCUUGCGUUUGCCUAUCAUGAAAUGACUAGUUUGCAAUCCGAUGAGAUUUUCAAAUGGUUCGAAUCUCAUAUGAACUGAG